AUGAAUUUAUUGAAUAUUGCUAAACAUCUUUUCCACUUGGCUCAAACUGAAUAUGGAUCUGAAAAUUCUCCAACAACUAACGAUGAAAUUUUUACUGCACAAAGAUUAUUCGAAGUUCUGAAGUCAUUUAAAGAUAGCUACUUUAGUGAACUGUAUACUUACGAUACCCUCGAAUAUGAAGAUGAAUAUGAUGAAAUGACUGAUGAAGAAGAAAGCGAUGAUGAAAUAAUGGAUGAAGAAGAGAGCGACAAUGAAAUGGAUGAUUAUGAUGAGAACGAACAGUUUGAUUUAAAAAGUCGUUUUACACUAGAAGAAAUGGAAAAUAUAAUCGAAUGGGUUGACCAACAUCCAAAUGCUAGAUUUGCUACUAUUUCUAAUCGAUUUAAAAAGAUCAAACAUAGGAAUUAUAUUACAAGAUUUAGACAAUAUAUCGAAAAAGAUGGUACAAGAUUACAAAAAUUAAAACAAAUUAAAGAGUUUAUGUUUAAUGAAUUUUAUCGGAAGAGAACAAUUGAAAAAGAAGCCAUUCAUGAUGCUGAUCUUGAACUUUAUGCCAUUCAAAAAGCAAGAGAACUGAAUUGGGAUACAUUCAAGGCUGGCAAAACGUUUAUCAAUAGUUUUAAAAGGGAAAAUAGAAUAUCAUCAAGAAGAUAUAACAAAAUUAUUACUCGAACUAAACCAAACAGAAAAGUUUGUAGUUUAAAUGGUAUGUAA